CACCUUCUCUCCAACACCUUCCUGCUCUUCAAUUUUUUCAGGUUGUUCCUUCCACACAUACCGCAAUCAUGAGCGACGAAGUCUACGAGGGUGCCAUCGGCAUCGAUCUUGGCACCACCUACUCUUGCGUUGCCAACUACGAGGGCACCAAUGUCGAGAUCAUCGCCAACGAGCAGGGUAGCUUCACCACUCCCUCGUUCGUGUCCUUCACCAGCGAGGAGCGUUUGAUCGGUGAGGCGGCCAAGAACCAGGCUGCUAUGAACCCCGAGAACACCGUCUUCGAUGUCAAGCGUCUCAUUGGUCGCCGAUUCGAGGACGAGACCGUCACAAAGGACAUCAAGUCAUGGCCAUUCAAGGUCGUUGACCAGGGCGGCAGCCCUCUCGUCGAGGUUGAGUACCUCGGUGAGACCAAGCAGUUCUCUCCCCAGGAGAUCUCUGCCAUGGUUCUCGUCAAGAUGAAGGAGGUCGCUGAGACCAAGCUCGGCAAGAAGGUCGAGAAGGCCGUCAUCACCGUCCCCGCCUACUUCAACGACAACCAGCGUCAAGCCACCAAGGACGCCGGUGCCAUUGCUGGCCUCAACGUUCUCCGUAUCAUCAACGAGCCUACCGCCGCCGCUAUCGCCUACGGUCUCGGUUCCGGAAAGUCUGACAAGGAGAGGAACGUCCUCAUCUACGAUCUUGGUGGUGGUACUUUCGAUGUCUCUCUUCUGCACAUCCAGGGUGGUGUCUUCACCGUCAAGGCUACUGCUGGAGACACUCACUUGGGUGGUCAGGACUUCGACACCAACCUCCUUGACCACUUCAAGAAGGAAUUCACCAAGAAGACGAAGAAGGACAUCAGCGGUGACGCCCGUGCCCUACGUCGUCUCCGGACUGCUUGCGAGCGUGCCAAGCGUACUCUCUCCAACGCCACCCAGACCACUGUUGAGAUCGACUCGCUGUUCGACGGUGAGGACUUCAACGCCAACAUUACCCGUGCUCGUUUCGAGGACUUGAACCAGAAGGCCUUCGCUGGCACUCUGGACCCCGUUGCCCAGGUUCUCAAGGACGCCGCCCUUGCCAAGGACAAGGUUGACGAGAUCGUCCUUGUUGGUGGUUCCACCCGUAUCCCCAAGAUCCAGAAGCUCCUCAGCGACUACUUCAACGGCAAGAAGCUCGAGAAGAGCAUCAACCCCGAUGAGGCCGUUGCCUACGGUGCCGCCGUCCAGGCCGGUAUCCUUUCCGGAAAGGCUACCUCCGCCGACACCGCUGACCUUCUCCUCCUCGAUGUCGUUCCCCUCUCCCUUGGUGUAGCCAUGGAGGGUAACAUCUUCGCCCCCGUCGUUCCCCGUGGUCAGACCGUCCCCACUAUUAAGAAGAGGACUUUCACCACUGUUGCCGACAACCAGCAGACUGUUCAAUUCCCCGUCUUCCAGGGUGAGCGUGUCAACUGCGAGGACAACACCUCUCUCGGAGAGUUCACCCUCGCACCUAUUCCUCCCAUGCGCGCUGGUGAGGCCGUCCUUGAGGUUGUCUUCGAGGUCGACGUCAACGGUAUCCUGAAGGUCACCGCUACCGAGAAGACCUCUGGCCGCAGCGCCAACAUCACCAUCUCCAACGCCGUCGGAAAGCUCUCAUCUGCUGACAUUGAGAACAUGAUCAACGACGCCCAGAAGUUCAAGUCCAGCGACGAGGCCUUCUCCAAGAAGUUCGAGUCAAGGCAACAGCUUGAGUCUUACAUCUCCCGUGUUGAGGAGAUGAUCUCCGACCCCACCACAUCUAUCCGCCUUAAGCGUGGCCAGAAGGAGAAGAUCGAGUCUGCUCUCUCCGACGCCAUGGCUCAGCUCGAGGUUGAGGAUGCCCCCGCUGAUGACCUGAAGAAGAAGGAGCUUGCCCUCAAGCGCACUGUCACCAAGGCUUUCUCCACCCGAUAAGCGCAUCACAUAUUAGCGGCGCCACGAGGGCGUGCAGGAAGGAAGGAAGGGCGCACGUGCAGGAUACCCAGACUGCGAGCUGCGAACGGAGUUUCAUCUAUUGCGGCAUUUAACGAUAGACAUGGUGUGUUUGGUUCCUUAUCUUUCAUGGGUUCCCGGUAUUCAGGAACGCGGAAAAGUCUUCUUUGUACUUUCACGACGAUGCCUGACGAAACGAUCGUAAUGGAUGAUCUGCAAAAGUAUGCCUAGCGGU